CGAUUACUCUAUUUCUUUUAAUUAAAAUGCCAUAUGUCAUAUUACUAAUAUAAUUUUAUUUAAAUUUUAUUUAAAAUCCAUUUCCACUCUAAUCUCUUAUAACCUCGUAAAAUUAAUUUGUCGAUCCUCUCAAAUGAGACUCGUUAAUAACACACCUCAUUAAUAACUCGCUCCACUAAUGUCCCUUUAAAUACGAUCAAUUCUUAACCCGUUGGACCGAUCUACCCCGAUAUUGGGGAUUGGGACCAUGAAUAUUGCCAAAACACCUUAUCCAUCUCUAACUCUAAUCACUAGUUCUCUACUAUAUCUUUGCACUUGGGUUGUAUCAAUUUGGGGUUUAUUGAUUUGAUAUUGAUAAUUGAUAAUCAACGAAGAACAUGCCCACCUUAAAUUUGUAUACCAAUGUCCCAGUCGACGCCAUUGUUGCUUCAGAUAUUCUCAAGGAUGCUACCAAAGCUGUUGCUAAAACAAUUGGCAAACCCGAAUCUUAUGUGAUGGUGUUGAUUAAUGGAGGAGUUCCUAUUGCCUUUGCGGGGACGGAAGAAGCUGCUGCUUAUGCUGAAUUAAUCUCCAUUGGAGGUCUUAAUCCUAGCGUUAAUGGCAAAUUGAGUUCGCUUAUUGCCGAAAUUAUUCAAACUAAGCUUUCUAUUGACAGUUCCAGAUUCUACAUCAAAUUUUAUGAUGCUCCGCGCUCUUUCUUCGGAUUCAAUGGUUCUACAUUUUGAGCUGCUCCUAAUUUGGUUGGUACAUUGUGCUGAUACUUGUUCAGCUCUGUGUAUGAUAACUUGCUUGUGUUAUAUGAAAUCCCCCUAAACUAUUUGUAAUUCUUACUUUCUGUGCAAUUUUACUUGUUUUUCCAUACUCCCAUUGGAGAUAUUA